UCCCCCAACUUCACUUCCAUUUCAAUAGUGUUUCAGUUCAAUUCCUGUGACUCAUCCGUCACUACACUCUAUACUACCCAUUAUUCACAUUAUUACGUCUCUCCUUUUAUUAUUUUUUCUUUUUAUUCUUUUUUAAUUUACAUUUUAGAUUUAAAAAUAAUAUUCCUUGUUUCUAUUUAUUCUUUUCACUUAAUUUUUUACAUAAAUCUCAAUACAAAUUUAAAAGUCAAAUAAUAUUAAUCGUGAGUUUUUAAAAAUUUUAAAAUAUUUACAAAAUAUAUAUUAAAGGAAUUCAUCAAACAUACCACAUAUGUUAUACAAACUCCUACUACUAUAAAACAUGAACAUCAACCCUACCAUCAAACCCACAUUUAAGAACAAGACACAAAAAUCUCCUAAACAAUUUUAUGCUACAAACUAUAUAUUCACAACUUCAUCUUUCUUUAUCUUUAAUGAUAUAUCAUUCAUAUCUGAUCUCCAUCAAUCUUAAGAUAAGUAAUGGAAGGUGGCGUGCUUUAGUUUCUUAGCUUAAGAAUUUGAGUAAUUUUUUUUCUUAAAUUUUGAUUCUUUUUUGUGGGUUUUUCUUUUACAAAGCGGCCAAGCAACAUUUUGCUUUCUCCAUUAGUUUUGCUAGAAGCUAGCUAAACUAAGCUUGGAGUAACAAUAUAAUAUAAUCAUCCAUUAUCCAUAAAGUUAAAAUCUUUCUUAUAAAUACAUUAAAAUGAAGUACUAAUAAUAAUGAAUAGUAAUAGAAUCAACAAAAAGUAAAUACCCUUUUGGAAAAGUGUUUGUGAAAAUUAAUGAUGAUGAUGGGUAUAAAAAUGGUGAUGUUUUCUAUGUUAAUGGUGGGUGUUUUGAUUACGACGUCGUUUGCUGCGUAUAAUGUGACGUAUGAUCAUCGAGCUCUUGUCAUUGAUGGAAAACGUAGAGUUCUUGUCUCGGGUUCUAUACAUUACCCUCGCAGCACUCCCGAGAUGUGGCCAGACCUUAUUCAAAAAUCAAAGGAUGGUGGAUUGGACAUAAUUGAGACUUAUGUUUUCUGGGAUUUGCAUGAACCAAUUAAAGGCCAGUAUGAUUUUUCUGGUAGAAAAGAUUUAGUCAAGUUUGUGAAAUUAGUGGGUGAAGCUGGGCUUUAUGUUCAUCUAAGGAUUGGUCCUUAUGUUUGUGCUGAAUGGAAUUAUGGUGGGUUUCCUGUUUGGUUGCAUUUCAUCCCUGGAAUCAAAUUUCGAACUGAUAAUGAACCAUUUAAGGAAGAGAUGCAACGAUUCACUGCGUAUAUCGUGGAUUUGAUGAAGCAAAACAACCUAUAUGCAUCACAAGGAGGACCCAUAAUCCUGUCCCAGAUUGAAAAUGAGUAUGGUAAUGUUGAUAAAGCGUAUGGGGAAGCCGGAAAAUCUUACAUUAAGUGGGCAGCAAACAUGGCUGUGUCUUUGGAUACUGGGGUACCAUGGGUUAUGUGCCAGCAGGCAGAUGCUCCUGGUCCCAUUAUCAACACGUGUAAUGGGUUUUACUGCGAUCAGUUCACACCGAACUCCAACCAAAAGCCAAAACUAUGGACUGAAAAUUGGAGCGGAUGGUUUUCUUCCUUUGGCGAUUCUAUACCUUACCGACCUGUUGAAGACUUGGCUUUUUCAGUGGCACGAUUUUACCAACGAGGGGGCACAAUGCAAAAUUAUUACAUGUACCAUGGAGGAACCAACUUCGAACGCACUUCUGGUGGACCAUUCAUCACCACAACUUAUGAUUAUGAUGCUCCGAUCGAUGAAUACGGUAUUAUCAGGCAGCCAAAAUGGGGCCACUUAAAAGAUGUACAUAAGGCGAUAAAGCUCUGUGAGGCAGCAAUGGUAGCAACUGAUCCCACAUACUCUUCUCUUGGUUCAAAUUUGGAGGCUGCAAUCUACAAAACAGAUUCUGCAUGUGCAGCAUUUUUGGCCAACGUGGACACAAAAUCUGAUGCGACUGUGAAAUUCAAUGGAAAUUCGUAUCAGUUGCCUGCAUGGUCUGUGAGCAUCUUGCCUGACUGCAAUAAUGUGGUUUUAAACACUGCAAGGAUAAAUUCUAUGGCAAUGCUUCCGAAAUACAUUCCUCAGUCUCUGAAAUACAACCUUGAUUCUGCAAGCGAUAUUCAGUCUAGUUGGAGCUGGUUUCAUGAACCAGUAGGCAUAUCGAAGACGCAGGCCUUUGUAAAGCCUGGUCUACUGGAGCAAAUAAAUACUACAGCUGACAAAAGUGACUACCUGUGGUAUUCAUCGAGCAUGCUUGUCAAAGGUGAUGAACCAUUUAUUCAGAAUGGAUCUCAAGCUGUUCUUCAUGUAGAAUCACUUGGGCAUGGACUUCAUACUUUCAUCAAUGGGAAGCUCACAGCAACCAACUUUGCUCCCAAAGGGAAUCAUAAGAUUUCAGUGGACAUUCCUGCAACAUUCAACAUGGGAAAGAACACAAUUGAUCUCUUAAGCUUGACUGUGGGACUCGCAAACUAUGGAGCGUUUUUUGAUUUAGCGGGUGCUGGUGUUACUGGUCCUCUAUUGCUGAGAAGCUCUAGUGGUGGCCUUACACUCGAUCUCUCUUCACAACAAUGGACAUAUCAGGUUGGAUUGAAAGGGGAGGACUUGGAUUUGUCCAGUGGAAGUUCUUCUCUUUGGGACUCAUCUGCCUUUCCCAAGAAUCUUCCCCUAACUUGGUAUAAGACAACUUUUGAUGCUCCUGAUGGUAAUGACCCACUUGCUCUGGACUUCACUGGGAUGGGGAAAGGCGAGGCAUGGGUGAAUGGUCAGAGUAUCGGACGCUAUUGGCCAUCCUUUAUCGCGCCAGGUACUGGUUGCACCGAUUAUUGUAAUUACCGAGGACCUUUCAAUGCAGAAAAAUGUCACAAGAACUGCGGAAAACCAACACAAACAUUGUACCACGUCCCUCGUUCAUGGAUAAAACCGAAUGGUAAUGUGCUUGUGAUAUUUGAAGAGAUAGGUGGAGAUCCGACAAAGAUAUCGUUCACCACCAAACAGGUUGGAAGCCUGUGCUCACAUGUAUCCGAGUCUCAUCCACCUCCUGUUGAUAUGUGGACUACGGAUCAAACAGGAACGAACGUAGGACCGACGCUUUCGUUGGAGUGCCCUUCACCGAAUCAAGUGAUUUCCUCAAUUAAUUUUGCAAGCUUUGGUACGCCUCAAGGGUCUUGUGGAACAUACUCGCACGGUAUAUGCAAGAGUUUACAUGCACUUCCGAUUGUUCAGAAGGAGUGUGUCGGAGCUCGUAGUUGCAAGAUCGGAGUAUCUAUCGACACGUUUGGGGAUCCGUGUAGGGGAGUGAAGAAAAGCUUAGCUGUAGAAGCUGUUUGUGGAUAGUAAUUGUAUGACACUUCCCUAUUUAUGAGGAUCAAAGCUAAAGCAUAAUCCUCUAGUAAUAACUUAUUGAAUAAAAAGCAUCUAUUGUAUAUUCCAUCAUAGAAAAUCUCAAUGGGAAAGUAAAGCAAGUAAUGAAACCAAAUAUUUUCAUGCUCAUAUUUUUUCAAAAUCUUUUGAACAGUUUAUAAUAAUUCAUAGGAAUCAAUGCUUACAAGCAUUCU